AUGGCAAAAACGCAAAUAUGGGACAAACGCAAAUAUGGGACAAACGCAAAUAUGGGACAAACGCAAAUAUGGGACAAACGCAAAUAUGGGACAAACGCAAAUAUGGGACAAACGCAAAUAUGGGACAAACGCAAAUAUGGGACAAACGCAAAUAUGGGACAAACGCAAAUAUGGGACAAACGCAAAUAUGGGACAAACGCAAAUAUGGGACAAACGCAAAUAUGGGACAAACGCAAAUAUGGGACAAACGCAAAUAUGGGACAAACGCAAAUAUGGGACAAACGCAAAUAUGGGACAAACGCAAAUAUGGGACAAACGCAAAUAUGGGACAAACGCAAAUAUGGGACAAACGCAAAUAUGGGACAAACGCAAAUAUGGGACAAACGCAAAUAUGGGACAAACGCAAAUAUGGGACAAACGCAAAUAUGGGACAAACGCAAAUAUGGGACAAACGCAAAUAUGGGACAAACGCAAAUAUGGGACAAACGCAAAUAUGGGACAAACGCAAAUAUGGGAAAAACGCAAAUAUGGGAAAAACGCAAAUAUGGGAAAAACGCAAAUAUGGGAAAAACGCAAAUAUGGGAAAAACGCAAAUAUGGGAAAAACGCAAAUAUGGGAAAAACGCAAAUAUGGGAAAAACGCAAAUAUGGGAAAAACGCAAAUAUGGGAAAAACGCAAAUAUGGGAAAAACGCAAAUAUGGGAAAAACGCAAAUAUGGGAAAAACGCAAAUAUGGGAAAAAACGCAAAUAUGGGAAAAACGCAAAUAUGGGAAAAAACGCAAAUAUGGGAAAAAACGCAAAUAUGGGAAAAAACGCAAAUAUGGGAAAAAACGCAAAUAUGGGAAAAAACGCAAAUAUGGGAAAAAACGCAAAUAUGGGAAAAAACGCAAAUAUGGGAAAAAACGAAUUUUUGAGAAAAAACGCACAUAUGGGAAAAACGCACAUAUGGGAAAAACGUACAUAUGGGAAAAACGUACAUAUGGGAAAAACGAAAAUAUGCGAAAAACGAAAAUAUGCGAAAAACGAAAAUAUGGGAAAAACACAAAUAUGGGAAAAACACAAAUAUGGGAAAAACACAAAUAUGGGAAAAACACAAAUAUGGGAAAAACACAAAUAUGGGAAAAACACAAAUAUGGGAAAAACACAAAUAUGGGAAAAACACAAAUAUGGGAAAAACGAAAAUAUGGCAAAAACGAAAAUAUGGCAAAACGAAAAUAUGGCAAAGCGAAAAUAUGGCAAAAACACAAAUAUGGGAAAUUCGCAAAUAUGGGAAAUUCGCAAAUAUGGCAAAAACGCAAAUAUGGGAAAAGCGGAAAUAUGGGAAAAGCGGAAAUAUGGGAAAAACGCAAAUGUGGGAAAAACGCAAAUGUGGGAAAAACGCAAAUGUGGGAAAAACGCAAAUGUGGGAAAAACGCAAAUGUGGGAAAAACGCAAAUGUGGGAAAAACGCAAAUUUCGGAAAAAAUGA